CUGCUCUUGUUGCUGGUGGCGGUUGGGGGCCCAGCCGGCGUCUCGGCCGCGGGCGGCCCAGAGGUGCACAGCCUGCGGGGGAGCUGGCGGCUGAGCAACGGGAACGGUUCAGUGGUGCUCCGAGGGGAGGUGCCGGGCUGCGUGCACACCGCCCUGCACCGCGCGGGCCUCAUCCAGGAUCCAUACUAUAGAUUUAAUGACGUGAUGUACAGGUGGAUCUCGCUGGAUAACUGGACUUACAGCAGGACAUUCAAAACUCCUUUUGACUUCAGAAAGUGGCAGAAAGUGAAUUUGGUUUUUGAGGGAGUGGAUACAGUAGCACAGAUCCUGAUUAAUAAUGUCACUCUUGGGAGAACAGACAAUAUGUUCAACAGAUACAGCUUUGAUAUUACCAGUGUGAUCAAGGAGGUCAAUUUUAUUGAAGUCUGUUUCUUAUCAGCCAUUUCCUAUGCAGCAGAGCAGAACAGAUGUCACAAAGGAUACAGCAUCCCCCCAGCGUGCCCUCCACCUGUGCAGAAAGGAGAGUGCCACGCUAAUUUCAUCAGAAAGGAGCAGUGUUCAUUUAGUUGGGACUGGGGCCCUUCUUUUCCCACUCAAGGAAUCUGGAAAGAUGUUAGGAUUGAGGCUUAUAACCAUUAUCACUUGGUUUACUUUUCUUUGACUUCUCUCUUUGUAAAGAGUACUCAGAAGUGGCAUCUUGAAAUCGAGGCUAUUUUUGAUGUAGUCAGCUCCAAGCCAAUUGUGGGUCUUGUAAUUGUGAACAUUCCCAAAUUGCAAACACAGCAAACAUUCAAUGUGACGCUUCAACCUGGAGAAGGCAGCAUUGUGCUGCUUGUAAACAUCAACAAGAGUUUUGCAGUGGAGGCUUGGUGGCCAAAUGGACAUGGAAAGCAAACUGGAUACAACAUGACAACAACUUUCAUCAUGGAGGCAGGAUACCAGAUUGAGAGAUUUUCAAAGGCCUAUUUUCGAACAGUAGAACUUGUUCAGGAGCCUAUUCAUGGCUCACCAGGUCUGAGUUUCUACUUCAGAAUCAAUGACCGACCCAUUUUCAUUAAGGGCUCAAACUGGAUUCCAGCAGAUUCUUUCCAGGACAGAGUGACCUAUGACACAUUACGGCUACUCUUGAAGUCUGCAGCAGAUGCUAACAUGAAUGCACUUCGAGUAUGGGGAGGAGGUGUAUAUGAACAAGAUGAAUUUUAUGAUAUUUGUGAUGAAAUAGGAAUAAUGAUCUGGCAGGAUUUUAUGUUUGCAUGUGCGCUAUAUCCAACUGACCAGAAUUAUUUAGAAUCUGUACGAGCAGAAGUUACUCAUCAGGUAAGGCGUUUAAAAUCUCAUCCAUCAAUUAUUCUUUGGAGUGGUAACAAUGAAAAUGAAGCAGCAAUUGCAAACAACUGGUUCUCCAUACCUUAUGCCGACAGAGAAGUCUAUAUCAAAGAUUACGUUAUGCUUUAUGUGAAGAACAUCCGAGAAGUAGUUCUUGCUGAAGAUAAGAGUCGUCCUUUUGUUGCAUCCAGCCCCACCAAUGGCUUAGAGUCAGUUAAAGAAGGUUGGGUCUCUCAGAAUCCUUAUGAUACCCAUUAUGGUGACACUCACUUUUAUGACUACAGCAUUGACUGCUGGAACUGGACAGCAUAUCCUAAAACUCGUUUUGCUUCAGAAUAUGGAUUUCAAUCAUGGCCUUCCUUCAGUACAAUCAAAAAGGUUUCCUCCUCUGAGGACUGGUCCUACACAAGUAAUUUUUCUCUCCAUCGACAACACCAUGAAAAUGGCAAUGAUCAGAUGCUUCAACAGAUUGGAUAUAAUUUCAAGCUUCCCCAGAGCACAGAUCCCAUAAAGAAGUUCAAAGAUAUGAUUUACCUCACUCAGGUGAUGCAGGCUCAGUGUGUAAAGACAGAAACUGAAUUCUAUCGUUUUAGUCAAAGUGAAAUAAUCAAGGGAGAAGGAUACACAAUGGGAGCUCUGUACUGGCAACUCAAUGACAUUUGGCAGGCACCUUCAUGGGCUUCUUUGGAGUAUGGUGGUAAGUGGAAACUGCUCCAUUAUUUUGCCCAGAACUUCUUUGCACCACUGCUGCCUGUGGCCUACGAAGACAAAGGUGUGUUGUACAUUUACGGUGUCUCAGAUCUUCAUGUGGACCAGAAGCUUACUUUGAGGGUCGUUGUGUACACCUGGAGUUCUUUGGAGCCAGUAUGCAUCCUUUCCAAAGGCGGCGUGACUGUUAAAGCACAAAGUGCUCUCCCCAUCUACAAGGAGUCCAUAAAUGACUUUCUGGAAAGAUGCCAAAAUUGUACUAGGAAAAGCUGUGUUGUUACUUUCUGUCUUAUGGAAGAAGGUGGGCUCCAGAGUCUUACGAACCAUCACUUCCUUUCAUCACUAAAGGAUGCUGUAGGAUUGCAAAAGACUCAACUUAGUGCCUCUGUUUCCCAACAAGAUGACUUUUAUAUAUUUGAUCUUUAUACCACUGCAAUUGCUCCUUUUGUUUCUCUGGAUGUAGGGAAUAUAAAAGGUAGAUUUAGUGAGAAUGGUUUCCUCAUGACUGAAAAGAAGAAAGUGGUUAUUUUUUAUCCUUGGGAACCUACAAGCAUUGAAGAACUAGAGGAGUCACUAACCUUGACCUCUCUGAUGGACAUUGUCUGAGGAUACUUCAUUUCCCUCUAGACAAAGGGUGAAACAGGAGGAUGAAAAAAACCUUGAAGAAUUUGAAUGAAGUUGAAGUGACAUACAAUUUGAACUGAUUGCAGAAAAUGUCUAUUUCUGUCAUGUGUGCAUUGUAACUGCUGCUUCAAUGUAAAGAUGCCAACAGCAAAGCUUGCAUAUGAUGUAUGUGGUGUAUUGAAAGUAAGGCUUCCCCGGGUAAUGGAACAAAUAUAUCCCAUGUACAAAAUGGGAGGAAGUGAGUCGGUGGAAAGAGCUGAUCCAAGUUCUCCAGUCCUCAUAAGACUGGAGUUGUGAAUUCAUCCUAAGAGGCAGCACAAACAUGCACCUCUAGACUAUGGCUGUAAAAACCUAUUUUUUUUUUUUUUCAGUUUCACUAUGCUGUAAGUGAAACAGCAAGGUAUGCUGGGGACAAGGGGAAGGGCAGGGAGUAAAUCUGGGACUGCCUCCACAGGCAUGCCCCCGCUCGGAGUUGUUUGAUCUAUCUGCACCCAAACUGAGAAAGCUCUAACCCUACCCUUUCAGAUCUGUGGCUGUUACUUGGUCAGGUGUCUUGCCUGCCUCCUUGCAAGGUAGGCUUCCAAGUAAACAUGAAACCAGGACUGUCUAUUUAGACAUCAAGCAGUUCUUGUUCCCUGUUCUGCAAGGGGAACAGAGUCUGAGACUUGUUUUCUUCUCUCUUUUCAUGCAACUUGAGUAGUAACCUUAAGAGCUCUAUGUCUAACUUCCCAAAGAGUGGCAAGUGCAGUCACAAACCUUUUGUUGCUGUGUGGAUCCUUGCAUAAAGUGGCAUAGUACAAGAUAUGCCUGGCUGUGGGGAAAAAGAACAGGAGGAAGAGUUGACCAAAGGUGCAAGGAAGAAGAGGAUAGUACAGAUAAGAAAUGAUCAUCUGAGAGGACCACAGUGUUACAAGUGACUGCUUUUUCUCUAGUGCAGGGGCACUUUUUCAUUGUGCAUGGGCUGCUGUUUCAGCUUGGGCAUUGGCUGCACAGCCGUUCUGUUAUCUCCUGGCAUUCCACAUGAGCAGCCCUGUGCUCCACACUGAUCCUUCUGUCUUUCUAACAACGGAAGAAUCUCAACACCUUAUUUUUACUUCUUUCUGUGUGGGAUCUCCAUAGAAGACACUGUUGACUCAUGGUUAGAUCUGGUGGCAUAGAUCUUAGUCCAUCUGAAGUAAUGGUGCUUCAGCUCUAAUAUGUUUCUGAGUAAGUUGGUUUUAAAAUGUUUAAAAUGUUAAAAUGUUCUAGGUUUUCUACAGAAAUGCUGUCUCACUUUGGCCUUUAAUACAAAGAAAAUAAGCUUGCUUCAUCAGGGGCUGCUGUAGCCUGUGGAGCUUGGAGCCUGAGGGUUUUGCUCUCAGGCAAUCGAGGCCACUGAGCUGUGCCUUGGUCAUGUUGCUAAACACUGGGGUUGUCCGUCAGCAGUGGUUUGAAAUGCAGCUGGGAUCUUGCUGGGAUUCCACAAGGAUCCUCUCACAGCACAAUCAAGUAUUAAUUUUCUUGAAAAGCACCCAGCGGAAUCAGCACUUUACAACGGAAGGUGUUUGAACAAACUCUGCUGGUGAUGACCACCUUUGUCGUUAAAGCACCACAUGGGUGAUGCUUUCUGCAGUCUGAGCAUGUGUGGGGAGAGCAGCUGCAUCUUCCAUUGGUCAGAGAGCUUGGAAGUGGGGGUUGUUUUCUUGCAGUGAUCACAGUUAUAAUGGGCAAAGAGGUGAGCAUAUUGACUGGUGCGUGGUGAUCUCUGAUGCUUUCUGAAUUGGGUGUUAACCAAAACUGAUGUACUCCUGAGCAAGACAAAAACCUUGAAGAUGAAAAGGAAAUGAUAAAUGGAAGUCGCUUACAAAUGCUUUGAUAGAGCACCGAAACAACUAACUGCAGUUGCAUAGGAGGGCUUCUCUGAUUAAAAACUUGCCCUAGUUGAAAGAAAACAUGAAAGAAAUCAAAAUACAUGCCAAUGUUUAUAGGUUAUGUAAAAUAAAUGGGGAAAAUGAUAGUCAUGAAUAAAACAUAACUGUUAAAAAAUUUAGACAUUGAUAAAAGAAUUUAAAAGUUAUCUGAGAAGCAUUCUGGCCAACAAUACAAGAAAAAUCCUUCAGUUUUUUCAGUGUCCUGGGAUCAAAGGGGAAUCAAAGCAGCAACAGAAAAUAUAUUGUAAGAAUGAAAAAAAUGUGGAGAAAACAUGGAAUAAAUAUAAUUAAUAAAUAUUGCUGCAGUGUAUCAGGAAAAGGGCAGGUUGGUUGAUGUCUUUCUCUUAUAUUGAUGUAGAAAUUUCUUUCAGCAGCAUUCAGAUAUAAUUUCAAAAUGGCACUUAAUAGUGUUAAAUAAGUAAAACUUUAACAGAGUUACAUGUUUCAAAGACAAUCAAAAGACAGUUCAAAGACAUAGGCCUAUAUGAAGGUCAGUGAUCCUUGUUCUUAGUGCAAGUGAAGUUUUGGAGAUGUAGAAAAGAGCUUUUUUGAUUCCUAGAAGCCAUAAACCUUGAAUGUGGAUAACUGUGACCUUGUUUAGCCUGUCAUGAGUUUUAGGCAAAAUCAUGAAAGAAGUUAUAUGGCAUGUGAUCAAUAAUUGAUGAAGUGGCUCUGCAACUAAUGCCUGUCAGCACUGCUGUGCAGAAAGAGGAGCAUUCUGCUGUUGCUUUGUGCAGUUUUAUGCGGAUUGGCAUAAAAAAGUUCUGUUUCUAAAUUAUUGUUCGUUUUGAAGGUCAGAAGCUCCCUAAAAGAGUGGGUCCAUUCUUCCUUACUGGAAAGCUUUAAUUCAGCACUAGAUGCUGUUAUGAAAAAUUAACAAUUGCUUACGGCGAAUGCUUGAGCUCAAAACAGAAUUAAUGAGGGAGGUUCACUUCAUUAUUAUCUUAGUACCCUUAAUAUGUUCUUUCAGUUUCCUGGUGUUGUUGUGGGUAUAUAUUUAUAGGUGCUAUUUUCUUCUCUCCCACAUGCAGCAGUGGCUGUAGCAUGUACCUUGGUUAACCAUUUUUCUUUGGUACUUUUGCCAUUGCAUACUGCGUGAGGUUCACUUCAUUAUUAUCUUAAUACCCUUAAUAUGUUCUUUUGGUUUUCUGGUGUUGUCGUGGGUAUGUAUUUAUAGGUGCUAUUUUCUUCUCUCCCACAUGCAGCAGUGACUGUAGCAUGCACCUUGGCUGACUAUUUUCCCUUGGUACUUUUGCCAUUGUUCUAUGUGAGCUAUAUUUGGUUACAUUGUUCUGCCUUUACCUCAGAUCAGGGCAAAGAUAGGAAUGCAAGAGUGAAGAGAUCUUCAGAAUACUAUUGCCUCUAUGAACACAUCCAUCUGUAGCCAUCUGACUGUUGUGGCCACUCAGCAGCACCUGUAUUGCCAUUUUGUAUUUGAUGGGCUGGGGAUCAGCAGCAGGAGCAUUGGGAAGAGCAUUUGCAGUAGGAAUCUUUUGAAGCCAGAAAAAGUUUGGUCCACGCCUUUGGCAGUUACUUCAGAACUGCUCUAAGAGCUGAUUGUGCUCUUCAGGAGAGCCGUGGCUGAUGGGAGUGACACCCAGGUUACUGAAGCCUAAAGCAAGGCCAAGAAAACAUUGUCAAUCUCCAUCUAUGAGCCAAGAAAACCGCCUGCAAGUGAGUGACCAUGGUAUGAUGCUGCACUCUGCUUUUUCAUCUUGAAAUCAGAUACCUGGUCUGCAUCCUCAGUAAGGCCAACAUCUAUUGCUUUUUGAGACAAAUACUUGAGCAAUUUUCAUUUAUUAAGUGAGCCUGAAAUAUGAAGAAGUCAGCAGCAGCUGUUUUCUGUGCAAGAUCCACAAAAGGAGUUCCUGACUGCAGGACAGUAUCUGAGCUGAAGAAGUAUUUACAGUAUUUCCACAUAGGGUAUAUGUUUCCACAGCAAGGUGCUGGCAGUACUACCCGUGUUUGAACAGGGCAAACAAAGGCUAUUGUUACUUACAACAUGACCAGGCAGUGACUGAACCUCCCUGAUUACUUCUCACAACCUCUGCUUUUCUGUUAAUAGAGGACUCCCAUAACUGAAGAUGCUCAAAAUUCAACGACAUGGGUGACCUCAUGUAAUGUAAUAUUGGCCUUGCUCUGAGGAGGUAGUUGGACACCAGCAUGUCAGGCCUGGGAGAUCAUUGGCUGGUUUAUCUUUUGAAACUUGUCCCCAGUACAUCCAAGGACAGUACAUACCGAUUUACCAUCAGUAAAUGGCAGAUGCCUGGUUUUAGAAAAGGGAAGCAGUAUAAUCAAUCCUGUACUGCAGGGCUACUGAUUCAAAUGGUCCAUUUCCCCCCUCUCCUAUAGGCCUUAGCAAAUAUCUGCAAGUUGUGCUGCAGUAGCAUAUUUCUGAAACACAGAAGCAGCUUGGACACUGUGUGUAGAAAACUCUGAUGUAGGGACAGCCAAGGUGAGGUGGGAGAACUGAAUAAAAUACAUUUUAAAUAAAGUUUUGGGGUCAAUUUUACCUGUCUCUCCUUUUGCAAAAGUGGGUGGCGAUGAUAAGCGAAGAGCUUUUGCUGUAUUGUCCUCCAGAUGUGAUGAGCUUUGUGAGCUGGAUAGUGCUUUCUGAAUGAUUUCAAUGGCUUCUGUGUGAUCCAUCUGUCUCAAAGCAGCAAUCAACUCCUGAACUGUGCCACCAGAAACCUAAGAGAGAAGACACCAGAUGUUUACCAUCAGCCAGGCUGGUAAAGCUGAAGGGAUGCACUGUUUCACCAUGCAGGAGGACAACAUUCUCGACAUGUCUGAGUUCUAAAAAAACUUGUUCUAGCCACACUACCUCAUAGUUAUCGAGCAGAGUUUUCGACGGGGAAGGGCUCAACCUGAAAGCAUUAUUAAGUAUGCCAAGACCCAGUUUUUGUGCUAGAGUGGACCAGUUUUUCUUUGGAUCGGGCGAUUCCAAUAGUUUGUAAAGUUGCAUCUUGGAGCUUUCAUUCAGAUCUCUCAAAUGUCCUGGGGAAUAGAGAAAUAUGUUAGUUUAUUAUUUAUACAAAUCAUGCACUGUUCCAUUUCUAAGUAAAAAUGAAACCAAAUUAAAGAGUACUUUAGUGUCCAUCAAUCCCAGUGUUUACUAAUGUAAUACUGAAAACGUACUCCUUUGUGUCAUUCAUUCUAUGAAUGGGGGAUGGGAGGGUACCUCUUCAACCUCCUGAUUUCAGUUACAAGCUAUUGCUGGGCAACGUCUUCUGCAAGUACACUUGCGGUACUCAGUUACUAGACGUAUACUGUCAGUCGUCUUUACAGAUCUUACCUUGCAUCAGUAAAUCCUCUGAAACCACUGCUGACUCAUAGGGUUUGCCAUUUAAUAUG